GGUCGUCAAGGUUUCGUGUCCGUUUUAGUACCUAUAGGUACGCUUCGCGGUAACGUUCGGCUUGGAUUUUUUUUUUUCUCAAUCUGUCAACAAUAUUAUUAGGAUACAAUUUAAAUACUUUCGUUAUUCGUAUGCCUACGUCGUUUUUUUUUUUUUUUUUAAUAUAUAUAUAUUUCUCGUAAACAAUAAUAUUGUGUGUCGUGUGCGGCCACCCGAGCGCGCUGAACUGUUAUUUAUUAUUAUUAUUAUUUUUUUUUUUUUUUGUAAAUGCGAAAUGCGAAUAACCGAACCAUAGUAAGUCACAUAAUAAUAAUUAUUAUUUCACCGUUAUAACGUGCGUAUUUAUACACCUAUAUAUUAUGUUUAUAAUAUUUGUACACAUAAUCGUCUGUUUCCGUAUAUUCUCUAAAGUAUAUAUUUUUUUUUUAUAAUCCUCGAAACUGCUUAGGUACCAAUUAAAAAUGACGUAUUUGUAAACAAAUCGGUUACACAAUAUUUCAUCAACUUACACCUCACACCCAUUAUAAUCAGUGGCGUACCCAGCUAGGGAGAGGAGGUUUCAGUUUCAAGGGAAAGAGCCGUGUUAAAAUACAAAAAAAAAAAAAAUAAUAAUAUAUAUUAUUAUAAACUAUUAUCGGCAUUGAAAACUAUGUUAUUGGCUAUAACGCUAACAAAAUCCUUUUAUGUUUUACAUUUACACUCCACUGUAAGUGCAAAUAAUUUCAAUUACUACACAAUUAUAUAGUACAGGUAACCGUGUAGUUUACUGCAAUUAUGUUCAGGUUUUUGCGAAAAAUACCUCAAGAUUAAGGCUUUAGAUAUAUAAUAGCUAUUAACUAUAUGAGUAUAAUACAUUUCGCUUGCGUAUUAUUAUCUAUAUAUUAUAGUUAUCUCGUUUACUAUAUGUUUAGCCUGUCAACGGAAAAUCCUGGGUAUGCCACAGCCAGUGCCAAAGUAUAGACGCUGCCUAUAGUCGGAUGAAAUAUUACUCGUACCCACCUACUUUUUACGUCACUGUACGUAUAGACAUAAUGCGACGUUUUUUGUCGUAUUAUUUGAACGAGAGAACGAAUAAAACAGACGAAUAGCGUUUUGCACAAGACGAAUAUUGAAAUCACAAUGAUGCGUUGUGUGGGCUGUGCUCGUUGCCUUCUCCUGCAAACCUAUACUGACGUUUUAUUAAAUAAACAAUAAUAUGUGAAUCGGGUACCCAAUAUAAUACAGCAUGAUACGCUAUACACAAUAUUAUAUUUUAUCUCGGCUGUAAAUUGAAUUACUGAAGAAGAAAAAUUAACAAUAUGAUAAAUAAUGAUACGGCGAUAAAUUUAGGUUUAAAGGAUAAAUUCAUUAAAAAAAAAUAUAUAAUAAUAAUACAAAAAACUCCUAUAAUAGGAAUUAUGCGUUUUACGAAUAUUAAAUAACUAUUGGAGUGAUGUUGAGUAUAAUAUUAUAGCCUUAGAAAAAAUAACGCACGGUGAUAAAUAUUUAAUAAUAACACUAUUUAAAUUAUUAUUUUUAAAAAAAAAAUAAUAGAUUAAACGAAUAAUAGAUAAUUGGUUAAAAUAUAAUAUAACGAGCAUUGGUUUAACCUUCAUCACUUUCGUGGGUUACACAUUAACCUUCUCCGAUAAUUCGAAAUACUGACCCAAAAAUAUUUCAUCGAUAAAAAUAUAUCAAUAGCACCUAUUUACUUAAUAAUAAUAAUAUAUACCUAAUUCGUAACUAAAUCUAUUCGAAUAUCGGUCGGUAAACCAUUUUUUUUUUUUUUUUUAAAAGCCCGUUUUUCUUCCUCUUUCUAUGUAGUCUGAAAUCUUGAAAACUAACACGAAUACACGUUUUCGCCUAUUAUUGGAAAAAUACAAAUAAAACUAUUACGAAAAUCCGAGUGAUCAGAGUAUUUCCGAUAAUUACAAUACUGGAUUUCGCGAUGAAUUCAAAUCCGAACAAAUCACGUUACACUGGGUUUUUUUUUUUUUUUUUAUCGUUUUCGUUGUACAAUUUUGUAAAUUUGUUUUUGCAAUAAAAAAUUAUAGUGCGAAUAUAUGUGUACAAGAACAGCUGAAUCGAUUAGAAAUUCAUUAAGAGUGGAGACAUAAAUUAAACUCUAAUAAUUAACAAGUCGAUAUCGACGUUGGCGCAAUAUUACUCGUAUACUAUAAAUAGGCAGCAACUGUAGGAUCGGCGGAUAUUUUUAUUCCCAAAACAUUUAGUCCUUAACACAGGUUUGACUAGAAUUGUACAGCAUGUGUUAAUGAAUAUUACAAAAGCCUUGAUUAUUAACGUGAAUCCCGUACACACGUGAAUUUACUAUCUGUAUAGAAUCUAUUUUAUGAUGAUCAAUUACAUAUUACUGUUAAUAUUCGAGUAAUCGUAGGAAAUUUGUAAAUGACGGUAUUGUAAAAGUUCGGUAUUGUAUCCGAGAGAUUAGGGAAUCCAAGCCGGAGCCCGAAUCCCUUCUCUCGGAAUUUGAUCCAAAACCCCGAAAUUUUUACGUUUUUUUGCAUCGAAAUUACGUGAAUACUCGUUAUACUCGAAUAUUAAUUUUUAAAUUUACAGUUUUAUAGGACUAUAUAUAAAUUGUUAAUUUCACACGAAAUACGUGAAACAGUUGGGGGACACUAUAGAUAACAAUGAUACAUAAUACGACCACCACCUCGGUGAAACACAUAACAGUGAUAUAUAAUACUAUUACCGAUAUCACCAUCUCGGUAAAGUACAUAACAGUGAUCUUUACCUAUUGGCUAUUAGUUAGGAUAACUGGGACACUGAGAGGGACGCCAGCAUAGUUUUAUUAUUGUAUAACAUUAUAAUAUCAUAGAUAGCCGCAGUGCCGGCCCGAUAGAUUUCGGGGCCCGGUACAUAAUUUUGCGGGGCCCUGUAUAUAUUUACUUAAAUAUAUCUAUAAUUAUUUAUUUUAUUUUUUAACGGACUUACUUUAUUUUCAUAUAAUUGUAAAAACUUUAAGGUACUUGUAGAAAUCUAAAUUUGUAUACCUACAUAUAACCUAAUAAAAUCAAAUUUGUAUUUUUAUAUUAGACACAAAAUUAAUUGAUACCUACUGAGGUACAAACAAUAUUUUAUUAUCUAUAAUUGGUACCAUCUUGAUUUUCGUCGAUAACAACCCGUGUCCUAAGAAAACCACACGGCCACACGUCACAUGGGUCGAUAUUUGCUUACUAUUGAGACAAUAUGAUUAUUUAUUCGAAGUGAUAUCCGAAAUAUAUAAUUUUCAGGGCCCCUAGGGGGCACAGUUGUCAUCAUUGUAUAAUAUAUAAUAUUUACGUUAUCAACAAAUAAAAGUUUUAUUUAAUAUUAAUGCGUGGGAGAAAAAAUUCGAGUAUUUAAUGUAAUUUUUUAAUUAUAAAUGAUAAUCUAAAAAAAAAAAAAUUAAUAAAAUAAAUUCAAAUAUCGCAUGUCGCAAUAGCAUAUAGACAUCGUCGUCACUUGUAAACGCCUCUGCGAUUUUUUAAACGUCUCAUUCGAGUAAUACUCUUAUAUUUUGCUCUGCGUAGUUUCGGUUUAGAAUUCUGUUCUCUCCGUUCAUCAUCAGGUAUCAUUAUCUGAACAUCAUUAUAAAAAGAAUAUUCGCGAAUAGAACGAAUAGCGCUCGACCGACAGUAGUAGAGAAAUGAAUUAUGUAAUAAACAUUGGAACGACGAACAUACAUCGCGAUUCAAAAAUCUUCAUCCGCUUUCGGAAAUUCAUAUUUGUUUUAUAAAUGAAAACACAGGAGUGGGGCGAAGUAAAAAUAUUCCUUAAGUAAUUAAGUUUGAAUAUAGUGUAUUUGAGUAGACGCACACUGGUAGAGCAAAAUUGCUUGAAAGAGACUAAAUUCGCCUUAUUGUGACUAAAUUAAAGUAAAACAUAAUAUUUUAUGUCUUAUGAGCACAUCAAUAAAGCAUAAUCAGAAAAAAAAAAUCCGAUUUUUGUCAUCAGUUAUCACAAUUCACUAAUGUUGUUUUAUUGAAACAGAACGUAUACAUUAUUUUGAUUAGUCAUAAUAGAGCAAACGGGCAAUUAUAUCAAUAUUAAAAACAUUAAACAUAGUAUUGAUUGGCGGUUGCUGAAUUUAUAAUUAUCUACUACUUAACUGUAAAUAUUGUCUACAAUAUAGCGAAUAUACGUAAUGGCAAUUAAUUAAACGUGUAGGUACUUAAUAUGACUAACGCAUAAUAUUUAUAUGUUCAUGUAUACCUGCGUCAUAUAGUUUUAUUAUUAUUAUUUUCAGUUUGUUCGAGUUCAAAGGAUGCCUAGAUGUUUUUUUUUUUUUCUUAAUUUUUUCAAUUUUCUUCCCAUUCAAUUUGUCGUUAAAUAUAUCAUAAAAUAGUAAUAGCGACGUCUUCGGAUGAUAUUUUGUUGACUAAACGAUAAUAUGACUAAUAUUAUGUUUUAGGAGUGUGUCAUCGUAAUACUUUAUUAUGACUAAAAGCAAUAUGAAUGAUGACUAAAAUUCCUUCUGUCAAUUUUGCAUUUCUAGAAUGUAGUUACAAAUAAAAUAUGUUCAACAUAAACCCAAUUGUUGCCCGGUACACAUUUAUACGGGCCGCUGUCCUCUUAAACGUUUCUGAUCGUAUAGCGUGUCGCGUGUUUUACAGUGUCGUGAUCCGAGUUUUGAGUUCGCCCGAAUCUUUAUUCGUAAUGGUGACACUUAAACUUUAGCCCCAUGAAAAAGAUACACACUUCGGUUGACGGUGAGGUCUGGGAAACGUGGUGGCCAAGUUUGAAUGGACAAACUCUGCUCAUGGCUCAUCUGCGCCCAAUCCACCGACAUUAAGGGGCGGGGAAGUUUGUUGUUUAGUUAUCGACGAAUUUCUAAUUUCCAGGAUGAUGGUGCUUCAUCUUGCAAAACUCGAUUAUCUUAUCUUUCUAAUAGUAUGUGGGCCGUUCGCCUACGAUUAACUGUCGCUGAGCUGUGUCAAUUCGUAAACGGAUGAAUACUUUUGAAUCACGGUGUAUUUAUUUUAUUUUGAACUGUAGAAUGUAUAAUAAUUGCAAUUAAGACAUUUCUAUAGCGCUAUUCAAAUAUUGGUUUUUUUUUCUGGUAGGUGCAUCAGAGUAAUAAUUAUUUAUACACAUAUAAAAAAUGUAAUUUUAAGGGAGCCAAUUGUUAUUUUACAGUCGAAAUGUUCGUGUAUCAUGAUACGAAUUAUUAUUAUCAAUUAGUAUUAACAAUUCAUAAAGUGUAUAACAUUGUCUAAACUAAAAUUAAAUACCCUAAAAGUUCAUUUUUAUUUUCCAUCGUGAACUUCGGAAUUUAUGUUUUAAAAAAAAAGUUUAAUUUUGUUAUUAUUAUAAUUGUGUGGUAAAUUAAUGUCCUCUUAAUCAUUAACAAUUAACAUUUUCUACAAAUAUAACAAAGUUAAUCAUAAUAUAAUAUAAUCAUGAUAAUUAUCAUUAGUGGGGCCCGGAUUUAAUUAUCCUCAAGCAUGGCCUCAAAUUCUCAAAGUAAUAAAAAAAAAAAAAACAUCUAGGUAAAUACUAGUCGGAAAUGUAUGUUGACUGAAAAUAAUUUCAUUAUUAAAUGACCCAAAAAUAGAAAAAAAAAUAUAACUAAUGAAAUAUGUAACUUUCACUUUAAAUUAAAAACCUACUCAACUGAUAGUAUAAAUCGAAUUAUAAAAUUUAAUAAUACGUUAAGUGCACAUUAUUGAUGUUAUUUCUAACAAAUAAAACUAUUCUCGUAUUUUCUGCGGAACAACGAGACGAUCUGAUUAUCCAAAUGGUGGUUAUACACGUGAUUAAAUAAAAUUAUAGUCAAAAAUUAAUAUAAUAUCUCCGAACAGUUUAGGUUGUAUAAAUAGUUGUCAUCCUUGAAAAAACGGUAAAAAUGUAUAUCAAGUAAAACCGUAGAACCUUUUUUUAUUCUGGUUUAAUAUCUAAUAUAGCUAAAUUAAUUUUAAAAUCAACUUUAUUAUAAACACGUUUUUUUAACGUUUUCUCUGUUUCCUGAAAAUGUUUGAUAAAUUGAGCUGUCUAGUUUAAAUUUAUUGUUUAAAUUCGAUAGUUCUUAAGAAGGAUUUACGGGCCAAAAAUCAAUAAUUCGACUUAAACAUACGAGAUUAAAUUACAUAAAGGGAUAUAUAACGACUUUUUUGAGAACCAAGCAUAACUGGGGUAAAUGAUUAACACAACCACAAGUUAAACACGAUCAGAAAAUAGGUUUCUGAUAAUUGGUAAACACAAGGAAAAGUAGCCCUUAGGUUGGUCCCAAUCAACGAUGGUCAUGAUAUAGAGGCAAAGGAUUUAAAACCAUUCUAGGAGUAGACAAUUUCAAAGAGAAAGCUCUAAAGACAGAGAAAGAUGGCGGAAAGUGUUCGAAGCUGCAGAAAUGGCUAAAACUUCAAACACUCUAAACGGCUAGAUAUAUAUAAAAAAAAAUAUAUUUGCAUUCCGUGUACCGCGUUCCGAGAUAGGUACCUCGCUAAUACGGGCGGGUUUGGAAACGAUAAAACCCCGAGCGAUGUAUUUUUGUUAUUUUAAAAUAAGUAUUCACACAAAGGAAAUAAUAUAAUAUAAUAUAAGUAUAAGAAACGUCGGCUUUUGAAAUAAUUGUGACGGUAUUAGGUUUUGAGUAUAUUUUUAAACCGGGAGCGGGGAGAGGAAAAAACGUAUACACAAAACACAUGACGCGCGUACGCGUGUUUACAUUGCGACGAUGUCGGAAAUCUCUGCGCACAGCUGCCGGGCGUCAGCUGCAGCCGGUUCGUAUUGUGUCUAUAAUAAAAUAUAACAUAACAUACUACCUACUUCCUGUGAUCCGCGUAAAAAUAUGCGGAGACGUCGUCGUAUAUAAGACUACAGUUAAUAACAACAGACGCGAGUUUAUAUUCGUGUCUAAAAAUAGUGAAAUGUUUUCGUUUAAAAACGCGUAUAAAAAAAAAGGGGAAAAAACACAUGACGUCGAGUAUAUUACAGUAGCUACGGAUAGUCACGAGUACUCGCAUACUGUAUGAGUGUACCGUAUACGACAGAGUUAGGGACGCGAUUAUGUAUCGGCAAAUUAUUAUUUGCUUACAGUCUCAGUCUUUAACAGUAGAUAGGCACCUGUCUUACUGAAAGUCUCGUCUCUGACUAAAUAUAUAGCGAUUGUAUUUUAGCGAAAUUGUGGCAUUAGCGGUUCGAAAGAUUAGAGUUUAAACACGGGAUAACGAUAUUUAAAAAAAAAAAAAUAGAGUAUUUUUCGGCGGGAACGCGUAGAGUCACGCGGGUUUUUCUCAAAAUAUUAUCCGGGGAAAAAGUUACAGCUAUUUGAAAAAAAAAACUCGUAUGGCCUUCAAUUUUUUUUUUGUUCGACGAUAUGGGAAAAUAAAUCGUCGUUAUGCACACGAUAGUAUUCUUCUCCUCUUCAAAUGUCGUCAUCCGUGUUCAGUCUCUGAUUUGAACCCCAACGCCACAGUUAUUUUACUGUAAAAUUCAAAGUGGGUACGGAAUUUCGCUAUACGCACAGUGUUGCCCCCCUCUGAUACGUUACGGGGGAGAAUCGGUUGGCUGCACUAUGCGUCUCGGCCGGAAGAGAUGAGAACGGUACAACGCUACGGUGAGAUCGCUUUUCUUAUCAACCCGGGGAGGAGCGAGUGUUUUCCGUAACCCAGAUUAAUGGGCGAGUGCCGAGUAGCUGCAGCUCUCUCAUUCCCAACAUCCGCCCACGGCGCGGCGGCAACAGGGUAUCAAUGAAACUACGGAGGUGGCUCCCAGUCUACAAUCGUCGCAAUCACGACCGUCGCUGAUAGUAGUGCGCGUAUUAUUAUUAUGAAUGGAACGGAGUAAUAAUUGAGGUGGUCACGGGCCCCGUGUGCGUUCGCCCGUUGUUAUUAUUAUUGUUGUUUUUUUUUUCCCGCUUUUCCCACCCAAUCGCGUAAGUAGAGAUGUCUAUGCGCACAGCGGACGAUUAUCGUGCAUAUAGUUUUUUUACCGUCUCCGGUUCGCCCGUUUAAGUCGUCGUCGUCGUCGUUCUGUUUGGGUUUUCUUUUUGUUCGUUUAUCGUAAACGUCGUUGUCGUCGACCGCAAUUUUAUAUUUUAUACGCGUACCUACAAUAUGUUGUCGUUUUGGAGGCCACGUCGAGUGACCGGACGACGACGACGACGACGAUAAUAUACGUUCACAAAACCAAAACGCAAUACUGGACGCGAUUGUUUGUUGUAAAUAUUAUUAAAUAGGGUACCUAAAAUAUUGUUGUAAAACAGGACUUGACGUGUAACCGGCUACGACAACGACAACAGCAGUGAUCCGAUAUUAUAAUAACAGUCGUCCUUUGGCAUCAUGUCAUCGCUGUCGUUGCCGAGGGUGUUGCAAAACCGCAAAACCAGCCUUGACCAGGAACGCGAACACUUCGAAAAAAUUCAGGUACCUAUUCAUAUAUACCUAGCUAAAACUAUCGAUUGAAUCCGACCUAUAGGCGCAAAUAGGGGUAGUUUAGGGGGAUUAGCCCCAAAUUCAGCAAAAUAUUAUAAAUAUAUACUUAAAUAUUAUAAAUAUUUUGGACUACUAAACCCCCUCCUCCUAAAAUAUCCAAGUUAUUUGCAUCUAUGAUCAAACAGGAUUCAAAUAAGAGUUUUUUUUCACAUUCUCACAAAUCUUUUGUUACAUAUCUUACAUACUUCAGAUGGGAAACUUUCUGUUCCGUGUUUGACACAUCGUUUGUUUUGUUUUUAUAAAAAAAAAAAAAUGUCAACAAAAUAUAAUAUUUUGUAACCCGGUGGCAAUAAAACAAAGCAAACAUUUCACAACAAGUUGUUUGGCAUUAUGUCAAAAACACUUAUUUAGUUGUUAACAAUUAACAUACUUAUGUAUAUUAUGCGUCUAACACAAUGAUAUUAGAAUUUUAUUUUACAAGAUAAAAAAAAAAAAUAUGUUUUUUACAGUUAAUUGAUUAUUGUUUUUUAAAUUAGUCGAUAAAUUAUGAUAACAAACAUAUCAUCUUUAUUAUUGUAUUAAAAUAAUCACUAUAGUGGUUUAUUAUGUAGAAUAGUAAUACAUUAUUUAAGUAGGUAUCUAUGUACUUAUUUAUCUGUCGAGUUAUUUUAUAUUAUAAGUAGUCAGUAAAUUAAUGAACUAAGUAGUGUUGCCAUGAUUUUCUUUAUGUUUAAACUUAUUUUAAAAAAAAAAUUUAAAAGAAAUAUUUAAGUAUAUUAUAUUUUGCAUUCAAAGAAAUAAUAACAGACAACUAGUUGUACGAAUUUAGGUAUUUUUAUUUAAAACUUUUACUGAUAUUUUCUUAAGGUAUGUCAAUCGACGCCCGUCAUUUGGAAUAAUGGAACUGUUGUUUGUAAGAAUAUUUACUGACAUACAUAUUAAUUUAUUUGUGUUAUUUGUUGUGUAUAAUUAUAAAUAUUUUAAGUUAUUACAGUUGUACUUACUUACUUGUUUAAUAUUCUAAUCAAAAUGUACAAUUAUUUUUUAAAACCACCUGUGUGUAACCAGCUUUUUUUUUUUAUCAUUAUUAUCCAAAACCCGAUAGUUCAAAAUUCCUGGAAGAAUGCAAGAUACUUUCAUUACGUUUCAUUACUUAUGAAAAUGAAUCAUUAAUGAAUCACAAAUUAUACACAUGUUCAAAGACCUUCCAAUAACACUAUGAAAUUCUAAAUGUAAAUCAUAAAAUAAAUUUUUUUACAACCAGAAAUUGGUUUUUACCCAUCUACCUAGUUAGCAUUAAGUACCUAAUUAAUUUCUAGAUUAAUUAAUUAUUUGAAAUCUAUAAUAUAAUGAAAUAUAACAAUUUAGACACUUAAUAUAAAUAAAAUACAUUUUAUAGAUACCUACUAAUUUAAAAACUGUAUAGUUUUCUGUUUUUUAUUAUUUAAAUGUAUUUACCUAUUUAUUUCCUUGAAUUAUGGUUAGUAUAUGAAAUAGAUUUUUAGGCGCCUAUAUUAUGCACCUAGAUUAAAAAUAGUAGUUUCCGCUAGUUACCUAUAAUAUAAUUUACCUACUUACAAUGAGUAAUAUUGUUAGGUAUGUAGAAAAAAUGAUUAGGUACCUAUAUAAUAUUAUAAUUUGUAUAUAUUGUAUUAAUUGUUGUAGGCUGCAAGCAUUAGUAAAGCAAUCAAUACUUUGGAAAAUCCAGUAAAGGAAAAACAUGCGAGAAGUAUCCUUUUCUCAAUAAGUUAUUUUUCUAUAAUAUCUAUUUAAAUAAUUUGUACAAUUAUAUAAUUGGUAUGUUAUUAUUGUGUAAAUAUUCCUUAUCACAAAUCAUUUUAGAUGCUAUUAUAGGUACGUUUCAAGAGAAAAGCGGAGAGACUUUUUGGCGUUGUGUUUCUAAAUUACCAGUACAAGAACAUCGUAUUGUGGCUUGGAAAUGUUGCCAUGUAGUACAUAAAGUGUUACGGGAAGGGCAUCCAAAUGUUUUAGCAUCAUCCCAAAGACAUAAAACACUUUUACAAGACUUGGGAAGAUUAUGGGUACUAUACUUAGUUAAAAGUAUAAUUUAUUUUGGAUUUAAUGUUCUUGGCUUAAGGAAAUGUCAAACUUCGGGAAUGGGAUACUGAUAUUUUCUCACUUCUUAACACAUAUGUAUAGUAUACAAAUUUAAAAUAAUUUUUAUUUAAUCAGUUUGAUCAAUUUAGUGAAGAGACAAGAAUUCUAAAAACAAAUUUGAAAUAAGUAUCAAGUUUAUACAAGCCUGGUGAAUUUUUCAAUUUAAUUUUAAUUUGUUUUUUUAUAUACAUUUCAAAUCAAUAUUUUAGAGAUUAAAAACUAAAAAUUGAAAAAGGCUUUUGAUAGGUGUUAUAUACACUUCACAUUGGAUUCAAAGCAUUUAUUAGAAUUAUUGUUGCUUCAAUAAAUUGAUCUGGCUGAUUGAAGGUGAAUUAUUCUAAAUUUUUAUGGUGCAUGUAAUUUAUAUUAGAUAAAGAUAGAGAAUAGCAGUACUUCUUCAUUAAAUUGAUUUAUAAUUUAUUUGUUUGGUUCAGGUUCAUUUGAAAGAUGGCUAUGGAAAACUUAUUCAACAGUAUUGUCAAUUAUUACUUGUGAAACUAGAUUUUCAUCGACGCAACCCCGGGUUUCCCGGAAAUCUAGUUUUAUCUGAAGAAGAUCUUAACAGAAUUGGGAACAAUGAUGUUAAUAAUUAUUUUCAAAUGUGCGUGGAAAUGUUUGAUUAUAUUGACGAAAUUCUAGGACUUCAGUCUGCGAGUAAGUAUUUUUAACAUACUUAAUGUAUUUAUCGUGUUUAAUUUUUUUUUUUCUUAUAGUUUUUGGAUCCUUAGAUAUGUCUCGGUCCAAUUCAAUGACUAGCCAUGGUCAGUGUCGAUUAGCUCCCUUGAUGCCUUGUAUAUUAGAUUCAGCACAAUUAUAUGAUUUAUGCGUAAAAAUCCUGUUUAAAAUGCAUGCUACUUUACCACCAGAUUUACUAUCUGGCCACAGGAAACGUUUUUUGAGACAAUUUAACAUUUUGCGCCAAUUUUAUUUGGGAUCAUCGAAUCUUCAGUAUUUCAAAACACUUAUACAGAUACCUCUUUUGCCAGAGGUAAAACCACUUUAAAUAUUAAUUUAUAAUUCAGGAUUAUAAUUUUAUUUGUAUUAUUUAUCAGCAUCCUCCAAAUUUCUUAAUACAAGCUGAAUUAUCUACGUAUGUUACUCAAGCUGCCAUAGUAUUGCCAGACGAAGACCCACCAGAAAAUCAUAGUAUGGUUGGUGAACUUGUAGAUCUAGGAAUUGGAAACAGUGUCACUAGUAGUGAGACAAGUCAAAGAUCUUUGUCUCCUGAUCUCUUAAUACAAAGGUAUGUGUUGUUUUUUAUAAACAAAAAACAAGCUGGCAUAUUCUUACCAUGUAGAUGAGUUAGGUAAUUUAGUUUAUACACUGAAAGCAAUGAUAAAUCAUUAAAAACAAGAGACGAUUAUAAGUAAAGUUUGGUUCAACAUAUUUUGUUUGAAAAUUGUAUAUACAUUUUUAAUUAUAAAAUAAAUUAUAAUUUUUGAUGGUUUUUUUGAAAUUAAUCAAAAUUUAAACUUUUAAAAUUUUUAAACAAAAUCAUUACUAUAGAUUUUUGAUAUUUUUACACUUCAUAAGAGCAACUUAAAAUGAUUCUUACAUUUAAUUUCCGAGUAUUUAUACAGGCUAAACCAAUUUUAUCCACACAAAAACAGAAAAAAUCUUUAAAGUUCCACCAGGCAAAAAAUGUACACUAAAAUGAUAUAUUAAUAUAACUUUUAUGAUAGUUUUUAGUAACCUAAUAAAGUGUUUUGCAAGAAAAAAACACACCUUAUAAAAACUAAUAGCAUCCUGUUAUCACUUAGAAUAUAAAAAUUAAAAAAAAUAUGUGUACUUUAAACAAAUUUACUUAUCUAAACUAUUAAAAAAAAAAUAAUUACUUAAUAUUUUAUAGAGAUAACAUGAUACAACAUUUACAUGGAGAAUUGAAUGGUCAUCAAUCAUUAAUAAUUCAGUUAAAACAACAAGUUUCUACAUUAGAAAUGGAAUUGGCAAAAAAAGUAUGGCGUUUGUAAAAACUUAUCUUAAACAUAUUUUCUUUAUCAUAUUUAAAUUUUUUUUAAAUCAUAGGACAGUGAACUAACACAGGAACGACUUAUCAGAGAUGAUCUACUACAUCAAACGAGUUCUAUGGGCAAUUAUGAAGAAUUAGAUAGUAUGUUAUUAUAAUACUACUGAAUACUAAAUUUAAGGCGAUAUUCCAGCAACAUUGUGUAACAUGUUUUUUAUCGUAUACUGAUUGGAUGUUGUAAUCUUUGUAACAUUCAGAAACCAAGAUUUACCUGGAAAUGUCUAAAGUUGGCCAUCUUUUAUUUUCUUUUGAGUCACAAUGGUCAGUUUUGUUUUUUUUGUUUAAUGUUAUCAGCUUCAAACGUCUAUAGUUAUAUACUUGAAGACAUGACAUGACACACAAUGUCGCUGGAGUACGAUUUUUAUGGAUGGAGUUUGAGUAACUAUUGAUAGUUGCAAAGUAAAUCCAUCAAUAUUGGAACAAAUAUACUCUUGGGGUAAAUUAUUUUAUAAAAAAAAUUACUUGCAAAACAGUUUUUUUUUCAUCUUUUUUGCAGUAAUAAUAAUAUAUACUAUCCUUGUAACUGUACUCAAACUUUCUUGUGUGAGAGAAAACCAUCAUUAUUUCUCCUUCCCUUAUGUGCAAUGAAGAUAAGAAUGCUACAUUCAAAUGUUUUAUACCGAUGAAUUGUUUAUAAAAAACUAAACUGAUGGUUGAUUAAUUAUUAUUAUAAUUUUUUAGGAAAAUAUAAAUUAUUAGAAGAAAAAUUUAAUAAAUUAAAAGAAGUAUAUACAAAACUAAGAGAAGAACACAUAACACUAUUAAGACAGGUAAUAAAACGGUGUAAAAUUAUUAUUUACAUCGUAAUAUUUUUUUUUUUAGUUUGGUGCGCUAAAUAACUAAUUUUUAGAAAGCGGCCGUCGAUAAGUCGCUGAAGGGAUCAGAAAAAAUGACUAGAUUUGCACAGGCUGCCAAUUCCCUGUUAUUGUCCAUUGUAAGCAAUAAUUGUGUUUUACGUGAUGGGCAAGGUACUGGGAAGGUGUAGGCCAAUUGUUGCGCUUUAAAUUUAAAUAUUAUAGAAUGAUUGGCUGUAAAAAUAUAUUACUCUACUCUCUAGUUAAAUUGAUAAUUUAUCUAUUCAAAUAAAAAAUUUAAUAAUUUGAUCAUAUUAAAUAUUAUGAUAGUGGUUUGUUGGUCAAGGGUGUAGUGCUUAGUAAGCAAUUAUAAUUUUUUUUUAAAAUUAUACAAAAAAUUGUAAAUGUUGAUUUGCUUUGUGCAUUAUGUUUAUAAUGUUGUUAAAAUGGGUUUGAUACAUGUUAUACUAUUAUUAAAUAUUUAAACACUGUAUAUAUCAGAUUUUUAAUGGUUCAGCAUGUAUUUAAGGAAACUAUUUUAUAGGUUACUAGUUAAAAAUUAGUUUUGGAUAAUAAAAAGAAUUCACAUUUAUGUUAAUUAAAUAGGUAAUAUUAAUGUAUUUAAUAUACUUAUUAUCAUUACCUAUAUUGAAACAUUUAUAUAAUUUUUCUAAGUAUUUCAAAAUUAAAUUGGUGGGAAGUUUGAAAGGUAAGACACAUAUGGUAUUUUAGUUUAUAUACUGUAUGCAAUGAUUAAUCCAAAAAAAAAAAGAUUUUGAGCGGGGUACUGUUAAAUAUUUUAUAAUAAAUCAAAAUGUUGAUCAUUUUUAUGAUUCGAUCCUUUUAUUGAAAGAUAAACUAUAACACACAUAAAAAAAAAAAAAAUAUGUAAUUACAAAUGAAAACUCUAUAUGUGAAACCUUGUAUCAGAUUAAAAAAAUAAACCAUAUAGCAUACAAACUUAACAUACAGUCUUUGCUUCGCUCAGAAUCUAUAAUGAAUAAAUAUUCACUUUAGUGUAUUGAAUCUCAUGGUGCUUCUUAAUACUUAUGUAUGCAACAAAUGUAUUACUUGGUUAGUUUAAAUUUGAUUGAUGGAACAUAAAUUAUUGAGUUAUAUUUUAAAUAUAUAUAUAUUUAGAUUUUUUUCACAAAAUUGUUUAUUUUAAUGUGAUUAAAAACACAUUAAAGGAAAAUUAAAUCAUUCAAAAUUCUUUAGUUUUGUUAAGAAAUGUUGGGUUGUGGAUAUCAAGUUGACCUUAUAUUGUGUAUAUCAUGUUAAUAAGUAUUAUUAUUUAAUAUGUAUAGCUAUGUUUCAUUUUUAAAAUACUGAUUCUGCUGUCUAUUCUUAUAAAAUAUAUUAUGAUUAUUAUUGUAGAAAUCUGAUGUGGAUAAGCAGUUGUUGAACAUGCGUACUGUUGAAUUGAAUAUGGCCCCACAACGAAUAAGAUUUGAAGAGGAAUUAAUUGCUCUUCAAGCUACAGUCGAUUCUACCACUCACCAAAAUGAUGUAAUUAUUUAUUUUAUUUGUAAUUUUUUUGAAUAAAUCUGAAUGUUAUGUACUUAACAAUGUACAAUACACAAUUUUUUUGAAUAGGAACUUGUAAUGGAAAAUGAACUUUUGAAAACGGAAGUCUCUGAAGUUAAACAAAAAUGUACUGAUGUUGAAUUUAUAAAAUCAGAUCUAGAAUUGAGACUUUCUGAAUCUGAAGAGUUACGAUUCUCCAAUAAUGCUCUGUGGUUUGGUUGGUAUUUAUUAAUUAAUAUUUUGUAAUAUUUCAAAUUUAUGUAUAAUAUUAAUGACUUUUUUUUCUUUAAGAAUCCUGUCGUAAAAUAAUCGAACAUACAUGUGAUAUGUUAGAUGACCCUUCAAUGUCUUCAGCUACUUGUUCACCUGGUAUGACGUUUAAUCAAAUUUGAACUGUACUUGGUUUCUAAUAAAUGUUUUUAUUUGUUAAAUUUAGAAUGUGUAUCUUUAAUCAAAGAAAAACUUGUUAGUGCUAUUGGAAAAGGAAAAGAUGAAGUUGCAGGAUUUGCUCAUUAUGUUGCCAUGUAUAUCGUUUUUGGAAAAGCGGUGUCAAAUACAAAAUCUAACCUGAAUGAUGCUCAAAGUAAUUUAUUCCAUUUCAUAAAAUGUUUAAUAGCCAUGUUAUUUAUUAUCUAUGUCUAGAAUUGCUUGAUAAGUGUAAACAAGUAGGAAAAGACAGUGUAAAACUCUUAACAGCCUGGCAAACUGGCAUUAAAAUUAAUGAAUGCAGCGAAGGUCUAAAAAUUACAGUAAAUGAUGUCGAAUCUAUGGCCUCAUCAACACAAGCAAAUGAAUCACUGGGAGAUUUGGUUGAAGAUGAACUUACUAUAAUGGAUAGAGCCAUUGAAGAAGCUGCUAAACGUAUUCAAGUAAGUAUUAAAAAUAAUAAGAUUAACAUAUUCUUUGGCAUAAACAUUUUAUUAUAAUAUUUUCAUAACAUUUUAGGAAAUGAUCACAGAGUCUAGGGCUUCACAUUCUGGAGUUAAAUUGGAAGUCAACGAACAAAUUUUAGAUUCAUGUACCUCACUCAUGGCUGCCAUUCGAGUGUUGGUUCACAAAUCUAGAAAACUUCAAGCUGAAAUAGUAGCUAAUCAAGGCUCAAAUGGAUCAGCUAAAGAGUUUUACAAACGAAACCAUCAAUGGACUGAAGGAUUAAUCUCAGCUGCCAAAUCAAUUGGUUUAGGUGCCAAAGGUUUAUUGUAAGUAAAUUGCUGUAAAUAGUUGUGCAUUAUAUCAAUUAAAAAUAAAAUGUAUUUAAAAUAGAGAUGCUGCGAAUGAUGCCGUAAGUGGUGAAGGAAAGCUAGAAAGAUUGAUAGUUGCUUCUCAUAGUGUGGCUGCUGGAACCGCUCAACUUGUAGUCGCUAGUCGUGUAAAAGCUUCAAGGAACAGUGAUAAUCUGGUUGAAUUAUCUCAAGCGUCACGUGAUGUGACAAACGCUACUGCCACAGUGGUAGCCACUGCUAAAUCGUGUGCCCAAUUAGUUCAACAAACUGGUAAGGCAAUCAAAUUAUUACUAAACAAUAUAAAUAUUAUCUGAAUUUAGAAUUGAAUUAAUGUUUUUUUUUAAAUAUAUAUAUAUUUCAGAAGAAUUAGAUUUAGGUGUCUUGAAUGAACAUCAAACCAAACGUUUGGAAAUUGAGUGCCAAGUACGUGUCUUAGAAUUAGAGUCAUCAUUGGAAAAAGAAAGGAUGAAAUUAUCAGCAUUACGUAAAUUACAUUAUCAAGAAGAUCAAAGUUAGCGAACAAAAUGUUCAUCUUCUAAUUAGUCUGUUGUAUCAAAUUUAAUCUACUUUAGACAAAUAUUUUUCCCUUUGAAUAAUUGAUCAAGUGUAAUUCAGAACAUACGGUUCAAACGACUACUAAAUAUGUAAUGUUUGUAAGUUAAUAUAUUUGAUUCCAUUAAAUUUAAGGAUCACAUACUAAUUUUUAUUAACUUAUACCAAUUGAAUGUGUUUUAGUAAUUUUAAACAUUAUGCUUACAAUAAUAGUGUCAGUACAAGACUUGGUCUCUUUUUUUAUACUUCUAAAGUUGUUAUUCAAAUAAAAUAUUUAAUCUCAUUGAAAUCACUAUUUAUGCAUCAAAUUUAAGGCCAAGGUACCAUGGAAUAGCUUAUACAUUCAAUUUCUCAAAUUUGUUUUAUUACUUAUUACUAUCAUUAUUUCAUAUUCCAUUUUUUUUAUAUAUAUAUAUAUUAAAUUGUUAAUUAAGCAGGCUUGAAUAAAAGAACAUAUUUCUUUUACAUUAAAAAAUUUGUUAACGUUUAUAAAGAGUUAUGUAAUUUGUAUUUUAAGGUUGUGUACUAAGUGAUCAACUAAAAAUCAACUAAUAUUCAUGUUAAUUUAUCAUUGUCUAUUAAAAAAAUGAUGUUUUAGUUAUUAAGCAUGCGAUCAAUUACCUUAUGUUUUUAUCAUAUUUUUUUUAUAAUCCUUAGUUAAUUGACGUUAAUACUUUUCUAUUAUUACUAUUUAACUGUGGCAUAUUUUAUAAUUUUUAUACUUAGCUUAUAUAUGUUUUGGACAUUGUUCCAAUCAACAAAUUAUCGUUAAUCAUUGUAACCUAACCAAAUAUUGAAUAAUGUUCCCUUUUUUUUAUAUACAUAUUACUUUUUAACUAUUAUUAUAUAUAUUUAAUAAUCGAUUAAUAAUAAUUAGUCAAAACCUGGUUCCAAAGUGAUAGACAAAAAAUAAAUUAUCGAUUUUUUUUUAUUCAUAUUUUGUUUUGUUUUGAUACGCU